CUGGGAUUAUCAGCAGAGGUUUUAGAAACCACGGUUUUACCGAGGUCAAGAAUGUGGGAUACGGAAGGACACAAAUUGGUGUCAUGACCGCAAAACCUUUUCUUUGAUUUCCCUGUGGCCAUCACCAUAGUCCUAUGAUAUCGUGACAGUGUCGUCUACUCUAGACGAGCUUCACUGCAAUGCUUCGAUCCUACAUUCCUUUGGCAGUUCCUAUCCUGCUUCUGCACAUUCUUUACUUUGACCUGACCAUUGCAGUUCCCUUCAAUAGCAUUGACCAUAGACAACACAAUUCCUUCUUCGAACACCCAUCUCUGAACAGGCACAGUCUAGAGAGGCGGCUACCCACGGGAACAUGCGACGCAAAUACACCUUGCGAGAACGCGGCCUGCUGCGGUACCAACGGCCUAUGUGGCUACUCGCCAACUGAAUGCGGAGCAGGGAACUGUACUUCGAAUUGCGAUGCUAAGGCCUCAUGUGGGCAAUAUGGAAAGCCUGGGCAGCAGAACUGCCCGCUGGACGUGUGUUGCUCAAAGUUUGGGUUCUGCGGUUCGACCAGCGACUUCUGCGAUGCAGGAUGUCAAAAGGACUUUGGCGGUUGUGGCGAUGUCAAACGACCAUCCUGCAAUGGGAACUCGAUUGCGAAGCGCACAAUCGGCUAUUACGAAUCCUGGGCCAACACGAGAAAAUGUCAACCCGUGUCGCCAGAGGAUCUGAACCUCAACGGUUUCACACACUUGAACUUUGCCUUUGCCUCCUUCGACCCUUCGAGCUUCGCCAUUGCGCCCAUGGACUCCAAGAGCGGUGAGCUAUUCGGACGUUUCACCGCGCUGAAAGACACCCAUCCUGGCCUCGAGACGUGGAUCUCUGUGGGCGGUUGGUCUUUCACGGACCCGGGCCCUACCCGGAAUGCCUUCAGUGACAUGACAAGCUCUGCUGGGAACCGGCAAAAGUUCAUCUCGGGGCUCAUCAGCUUUAUGGAGCAGUAUGGCUUCGACGGGGUGGACCUCGACUGGGAAUACCCUCAGGCCGAUGACCGUGGUGGUAUCACGGCAGACAAGGACAAUUACUCCGCUUUGGUCAAGGAUCUGCGCGCAGCCUUUGGCGACAGAUAUGGCAUCUCAAUGACUUUGCCAACAUCGUUCUGGUAUCUUCAGCACUUUGAUCUCAAGGCCAUCCAGCCCAAUGUAGACUGGUUCAACUUCAUGUCCUACGAUCUCCACGGCACGUGGGAUGCCCAAUCCAAAUUCCUCGGUCCUUACAUCGCUCCCCACACCAACGUGACCGAGAUAGACUUGGGCCUCGACUUGCUCUGGCGGGCAGGAGUCAAACCAGAAAAGGUCAUAAUGGGAUUCGGCUGGUACGGGCGGUCGUUCACAUUGACAGACCCAUCAUGCAAUACACCCAAUGGUGUCUGCCAGUUCUCAGGUGGCGCAAAAGAAGGUCCCUGUUCCGGUGCGAGUGGCAUCCUUGACCUGCAGGAGAUCAAGGAUGUCAUCGCUGACAAGAACGUCAAGCCUGUCUGGGACAAGGAUGCGAUGGUGAAGUGGAUAACCUGGGACUCUAACCAGUGGAUAUCCUACGAUGACGACGAUACUUUUGACCAGAAGCGCAAGUUUGCUAAUUCCAGAUGUCUCGGUGGUACCAUGGUCUGGGCUAUCGACCAGGUGAAUCAAGAGGACGACAACCACCUUGCUCCAGCCCCGGGCGUCUCGACACAGGACCAGCAGGACGCCAAGCAAAUGAGCGAUGACCUUGCCGCAGGAGUGACCUGCUACACCACCGACUGUGGCCAGAAGUGCAAAUCGGGCACGAACAAAGUGUCUGAGAUGAACGGCCAGCCAGGAAAAUUGUCAACCAAUGGCCGGUGUGGGAAAGGUGAGUACCGGUCACUCUGCUGCGAUGACGGCACGCGCAUGGGCACGUGUACGUGGCGAGGCUACCGAGGCGUUGGCCUGUCAUGUAUGGGCGGCUGUGCCGACGGAGAGACGGAGAUAGUGCAGGACACGAACAGCCAUGACAAGAAUGGUGACCGCACCUGCACUGGCGGCAUCCAGAGCUACUGCUGCAAGGACUUCAAGCCAGCACCAUCUGCGGACGACAUCAAACAAGAGGCCGAAGAUACUGCGAAGGACCUGGCUGAACAGGCUGCGGAGCAGGCUGCCCUGGAUAUUGCAGCGAAGGCUUUCUGUCGCAUUGCCGUGCCGGCUCUGCUGGCACCUUUAGAGCUCAUCGAAGCGGCCAUCCCGAUCAUAGGAGAGAUCUUGGAUAUUGCCGAAGUUGCUGCCACGCCGGCACUGGUUCAGCUCUGCAUCAAGGGGGUGGAAAAGGAAGGGAAGGCAGUCUUCAAGGUCUUUGGAAAAGAGCAUAGCCUUUCUAUGGACAAGCCAAAGACAACCAAAGUCUCCCGGCCACCAGAGUCAAGCCAUACCUCAGCCCCCACACGUUCAGCCUGCCCCAAGAGCAAAAGGGCCGACUGCGAGAACAACGACCCGCAAUACCACAAGACAAUUACGACAGCAGUGGUUGACCAAUUUCGAAGCCCUGUCAGACAGAUCAUGUGCGACGGCGGCGGUGCCAACCCCGGAAUCAACGACCACCCACAGGCUUGUUUCAACUAUGCGUCCAUCUCUCGGGUCAACCCACAGUAUGCGACCAUUACAUGUCCAUAUCGCAAACCGACAGCGAGAACGCUGCGACCUGUCACGGCGGAGUUCAACGGCCAACGCGACCGGGCACGCUUUGAUGCCCAACUAGCAAACUUGCCUCUUGGUGGCUGUUCUCCCGACGAGUAUCCACCAGCGGCGAUGGCAGAUAUCAACGAUGGCUUCAACGACCUGACCUCAACUCAGGGCGUGCGCCGCCCAGUGGGGUAUGUAGACCGCGGUCAGAUGGUGCGGCUCAUCGCGAGCCGCGACAACUACCUCGCAGGCCGGCUCUUCGACCAGUGCAACCCCUACGCGCCGUACAGUCUGGACAACCCCCACAGGGAGGUCCCCGCCGGGAGGGGCGGCAGGGCCGGCGUCGUCACGUACACAUACUUCAGGGCCGUCUUCGACCGCGAGCGCUUCACCAUCGCCACCCAGAACAUGCCCAACUGGGCCGACGACGGCAUGAGCGACAACGCCUGCGCCAUCUUCAACAACGGGCCCGUCACGCACCCGGGCUACGCCGUGCUGAACCGCGACCCCUGGUUCGACAACCACCCCACCGAGGCACAGCUGACCGCCGCGUAUGCGCCCGCCGCGCGGGCGAGGCGCGAGUGGGUGGACGACGUCGGCCUGGUCGUGGUCGCCGGCAACUCGAGCCAUGUGGCCUCCAAGGGCGAGAUCCAGGACGAGUUCGGCUUCGACGACUGCGCGGACGAGAAGUGCGCCCGGGAGCUGCGCGCACUCCGCGCUGUUGCCCAGCAGCGGCGGGACGAGCUGUCCCCGUCCCGGCCCACGAGGGUCGAUGCCGCCGCCACGCCGGCGGUCGAGGUCGCCAUGUUGGACCAGGGCGAGGACGGAGGUUUGGAGCCGGCGACGGAGAUCAGCGCUGAUUCUUUGCGGCCUGAUGUACCGCGGUAUACUGGUACUGCCAGUGCAGGGCAGGGUGUGUAACAGUUUGCAAAACUGCGUUGCAGUGCUGGCUGGCAGUGACCGGAUGUGGACUGUCCUUUUACUUGUUCGCCUGGGAAGUCUUGCGCAGAAAGAUGUUCUGCCUUUCGAGGUUAUGAUGGUUGGUUGAUGCCUACCCUACGGUAAUUCAGUCAGAUUCUUCUUGUCACGCGUGCCAGUGAUGCAUUCCAAGGUUUCAAUGCUACCAGAAUUCAACAUG